AUGGCGMAACAAGGAUCGGGUGCGUACUUUGGCCGAGCAUAUACGGCUUUGGAAGAAGAACAGGAGAAAGAUAAAGAGGUAGAAAAUUUUUUUGCUGAAGAGGAGACUGCUGAUGAUGUUGCUGCUUUAAUCCCUCAUGCAGAUGCUCUCAUCCCUGCCAUUAAGUAUGUCAUUAACGAUGAAGACGAUGAUGAUGUCGUGGUCGCUCAUGUAGAUAAAGAAGACCAUCCCUCAAACUCUGUAUUGCUAAAUGCUAGUGAUAAUGAUGAUGAAGAAGACGAUGAUGAAGAUGAGGGCGGUGAACCUCAACUACCUAAUGUCGGCAAUGAUCUUGGCGAUGAUGAUGAAGAUUAUGACGACGAUGAUGACUUUUGCAUCUAA